GACCAUUCGAAGAUUCAAACGGCAUCAAAACUGUCAACUUGAUAGAAUAAUACCUCAAGAUGAGCAUCACUGAUUCUAGCGAACAGGAAGCAAAGCCUGUUUCGCGAAAACGAAACCUUGAGGCUGCAGAAAUUGAAAUUGAUGUCGAGGCACCAGAACCGCCAUCGAAGAAGGCCUUGCGCAAAGCCAAAAAAUCAAAGACGACAGUCACUGGGGAAUCUGCAACCCCUAGUCAAGCCCCAAAGACGCAGCAAGACAGUACCAAAGCCAUUCAGAAGGAUAAUCAACGAUCACAAUAUGGCAUUUGGAUAGGUAAUCUAUCAUUUGGCACUACCAAAGACGACUUGGUGAGAUUUUUCGCCACUCAUUCAUCACGUUCGAUUCCGCGAGAUCAGAUCACGAGGAUUCAUCUCCCUCUGGGGCCAGCCAAAUUCGGCAAACCAGCAAACAAAGGAUUUGCAUACAUUGACUUUGCUGAUGCCUCGACCCUCGACAUCGCCCUGGAAUUCAGUGAAGCCCUCCUUGAUGGCCGGAGAGUGUUGAUCAAAAACGCCAAAAGCUUCGAGGGGAGGCCAGACGCAACUGCGGGCAAGGGUCAGGAAUCUGAAGGCAAACCUGCAAGCAAACGCAUCUUCGUUGGCAACCUGGAUUUCGAGACCACAGCUGAGGAAGUGGAGCAACACUUUGGCCGCUGUGGUGCCAUCGUCCAUACUCACAUGGCUACUUUUGAAGACAGCGGCAAGUGUAAAGGAUAUGCGUGGGUGGACUUUGAGCAGCUGUCCUCUGCACAAGCGGCAAUGCGUGGAUGGGUGGAGGAACAAGAUAGUGACCCUCAGGGAAUCCGACAUCCGGACAGGAGUAACAAACGACGGGUAUGGCUACAGAAGCUCAAAGGGAGGAAAUUACGAAUGGAGUUUGCCGAGGACAAGGCAACACGGUAUCAGAAGCGCUUUGGAAAGGGUAGCAAGGCCGGUCAGGAAGAUGAAGCGCAGGAUGUGUCUACAUUAGAGGUUGCGGAUGGAUCCGCGUCUGACCGCAGACCAAAGCGAGAUGCUGAGACACGAAGCAAGAAGCCAGGCAAAUACACCGAGGAAACGGUUCAGAGAUUGACAGGAGCCAUUGUUGAGGCGAAGGGGAAGAAGACGACGUUUGGUUAAGAUGUCAGUUCCGAAUAUGGCGUUAGAGUUGGUAGGCGGGUAUUGUGUCGGGCUGUCCGC